CAAGGGUUGGCAGCCCUGUCCUGUUUGUCUAUUGUGGAUACAGAGAAUGGAACAUCACAGACACUCCCUGGCCUCAGCCCAUAUAUCCGUGCUUCCAGUAAGGUAAGAGUACAGGGAGUGGAGCUAAAUAGGCGAGGUCAAGUUCUAGGGAUUGAGGAGGCAAGUAGAAAUAGACUAUCUUGUCUAUGGUGUAUGUCAAGGGGUGGGUGUUGGGGGAGGGGCAGCAAGGAAGAUCAUGCAUUUCCUUUUUACUUGGUGAGCAAAAGUGACUUUUCCAAUCUUGCCUUUAAGGAUAUGCUCAAUUCUUAUCUCCUCCAAUUUCCAACAUGGACUUCUCUGGUCAAACUGAUCACUUUCCUAAGGACCCUAUUAUAUACAGCUAUGAAGGCAUGGUAUAGUUUGCAUGGGUAUUGGUUUGCCUGUUCUCUAAAGUCCCAUGUGUGUUUUCUCUCACAUCAUAAUGGCAUCCAGAGAUUCUCAUGGGCAAGGACCACUUCUUCUUUUUUUCCUGGAACAGUUUGGGCUACACAGAUAUUAUCUGUGAAUUGAUCUAAUACUUAAAUAUUGACACGUGGAAGUGUUUUAUCUGCACAGAUAGCAAAACUACAAAGGAUGGGAAAACCAAGCAGAGUGAAUCAAACCACCCUUUCAGACUUCCUCCUUCUAGGGAUCUCUGAGCAGCCAGAGGAGCAAACUCUCCUGUUCGUCAUCUUCCUGGGCAUGUACCUGGUCACUGUGAUGGGAAACCUGCUCAUCAUCCUGGCCAUCACCUCUGACCCUCACCUCCAUACUCCCAUGUACUUCUUUCUGGCCAACCUAUCAAUAACAGACGCCUGCUUCACUUCUGCCUCCAUCCCCAAAAUGCUGGUCAACAUGCAUACUCAGAGUCAGAGCAUCUCCUAUUCUGGGUGCUUUGCACAGCUGUAUUUUCUCCUCGUGUUUGGUGGCCUUGACAACUUACUUCUGGCAGUGAUGGCAUAUGACCGCUAUGUGGCCAUCUGUCAGCCACUUCAUUACAGCACAGCUAUGAGUCCCCAACUCUGUGCAUUAAUGUUGAGCAUAUGCUGGGCGCUAACCAACUGUCCUGCACUGACACACACACUAUUGCUGACCCGUGUGGCCUUCUGUGCCCACAAGGCCAUUCCCCACUUCUACUGUGAUCCCAGUGCUCUCCUGAAGCUUGCCUGCUCAGAUACCCGCAUUAACGAGCUGAUGAUCAUCACCAUGGGCCUGAUGUUCCUCACUGCUCCCCUCCUGCUGAUUGUCCUCUCCUAUGUCCGCAUUUCCUGGGCCGUGUUUGGCAUCUCAUCUCCUGGAGGGCGGUGGAAGGCCUUCUCGACAUGUGGUUCUCACCUCACAGUGGUCCUGCUCUUCUAUGGGUCUCUUAUGGGUGUGUAUUUACUUCCUCCAUCAACUCACUCUGCAGAGAGGGAGAGCAGGGCUGCCAUUCUCUAUAUGGUGAUUAUUCCCAUGCUGAACCCUUUCAUAUACAGCUUGAGGAAUAAAGAUAUGAAUGAGGCUUUGAGUAAACUCUUUGGCAGUGGGAAAACCAUCUUUUUACCAUGA